GGCUAUAUAAAAUCGACCGAAAAGGCGGUAAGCACCUGUAGCAGCAGCAAGCAUAUGACAAGCAAGCAUGUCAGGCCAACAGCAAGAAAUAGAAGGUGCUGUUUUUGACCGUGUUUUUAGUGCUGCGGCCCGUGCAAGGCAGGAGUUGUCAAGAAAUGAAGACAGCUUAUUUUCGUCCACAAGACAACUUUUUCGCCGAAGGCCUGCAUUAAUUCGAGGAAGUUCUGGUGGUCGCAUGCAGCACGUCAUAUGGAAAACGAGCCUAUUUCUUCUGCCUGGGCCAGAUAAUGAAGUGCUGCCUGCAACAACAGAGUUGGUCCAAAUGGCCAAACAUGGACUUGGAAAACCUGCACAUGAGUCCCCCUGCACAAGAGUGAAGUCAAAAAUUGAUCUAAACUGGAGUUUAUCUGAUUUGAAUAAUUUCAUAUGUCAAAGUUAUCCAAAAUUUAACUUAAAUUUAGUGGGGUUUCAAUUGGCACGGACUGGGAAGGGAAGGAAGAUACAAAUACUAAAAGUGGCCUCAGUACAAGAACUAAAGAAAUCAGUGGGGAAAAGCCGACUUUACAUCAUCCCACAGGGCCCCAUUUUGCAGAUUACUCAGACUACUCCAUCCGAUGAACCAGUCUCUGUUGAUGAACCAGUCUCUGCUGAUGAACCAGUCUCUGUUGAUGAACCAAUCUCUAUUGAUGAACCAAUCUCUGUUGACGAGACAGUGAGUCCCCCAAGGGAAGUUCGGGAUCAGGCUUUGCAAGAAUGGAGAAGGUUAAGAGAAGAACAGGACAGAGACUACAAUCAAUCUUUAAUUGCUGAUCAAGAAAGCAGAAGGAGGAGGUUGGCUUUUGAGGAAGAUGAGAAAAACCGUCUUAAGGCAAUUGAGGCGAGGCGCCAGCGUAUGGCCUUGUUGUUGGAGCCAACAGGUGGUGUCCCAUUAAAAUUUAAAUAUCCUGAUGGGCACAUAAAACAACGAAGGUUCAACAUGUCGGAGCCGAUCCAUGUUUUGUUUGACUUUGUUGGUCAAAUUCAAAGUGCAAGUGAGGUUUUUACUGUGCAAGAGGCCACUGCACAAUUCUCCAUCAAAAGCACAUGCACAGGAAUAAUAUGGGACCAUAUAAGAGGACCAACCACCUUGUAUGUUCUUUGGCUGUCAUUUCAUGAAGUUAAGGAGAUUCUAGGCCAGGAAAAUCAUGAGUCCCCUACACAAUCACUGUCUCAGCCUGAGGAGAUUCAGGAGUCCCCUGCACAUUCCCCGGCUCAGCUUACCACAGAGGGGCCACUGGAUAUUUUCCCAGUUGAACCAUCCCCUCCAGUCAUUAUUAUUGACGAAGGGCCUGGUCAAAGCGAACCCCUGGAUAUUGAGGAGAAUAAUCUUGGGAACAUACUAUUGAAGCUGAACAGCCACGUCGACGCUGACUCGUCCCAAGUCAGUAAUCAGAUUAACAUCUGUAGGGACAGUGUUUUCGAUUGCAGCCUUAGAGCCUUCAAUAGAAAAAAUUUCAACCCUGAAGCAAAGCUGGAUGUCGUCUUUAUAGAUAACGGUGAAAAUGCUGAAGGGGCAGUUGAUGAGGGGGGUCCCACUAGAGAAUAUAUUAGACUGUUGAUGAAGGACAUUCAUAAGUGUCCCAUUUUUGAAGGCCAUGAAAAGAAACGUCAACUUCGCCUUGAUACACAUGCUUUCCAGACGAAACUGUACACGGCAGUAGCAAAAAUGCUCACUGUGUGUGCUGUCCACGGGGGAGUGGGUCCGCACUUUUUCUCAGAGAGGCUUUACAAUCAAGUGUGUGGACUACAAAGUCCUCCUACCAAGAUUGAAGAGAUUGGGGAUCAUGCCUUUCGAGAGCAGUUGAUCAAAAUACAUGAAGCAAUGACAGUUACAGAGGCAAACUCUGCCAUUUUGGAAGCAGCAGACAGCCUUGGCAUGAUUGGUGCCCUAAGGCAUGUGUCCAGCUUGGACGAGAAGGAAUCACUCGUCCAGUCUGCUGCAGACUUUUUUGUAAAUGGAAGACUACAGGCUGCCCUAAACCAGUUCAUUGAGGGAUUCAAAACCCUUGGGUUAUUAAAGGAAAUGAAAAGGCACCCAGCUCUGUUCCUGCCUCUUUUUGUAAAUGAGGACAUCCCGCUGCAAGCUAAAGACUUGGUAACAUUGUUUAAGGUGGACUUCUCUGUACAGGGAAGCAACAGAAGAGCAAAGGAAAACCGCACCAUCUGCUUUUGGCGCGACUUAUUAAUAGAAAUUGAAGAAGGAGAAUGCUCUAUCACCCUUGAAAAUAUCUUGGAAUUUGCCUCCGGAGCAUCAUCUGUGCCUGUCGUAGGUUUUCCUCAAAGGCCGCAAAUCCAUUUUCUUCAUGAAGAAAACCGACCGUUCCCAGAGGCAAACACAUGCCUCAUAAUCCUUCGUCUACCGAUUCAUGGGGAUUAUAAUACUUUCAAACAACACUUCAUUGAUGGUAUAGUUCAAGCUCCUGUGUUUGGAUUUGCUUAAAGAGCCAUUGUAGAGAUUUUCAAGGUGCUGCCACAGGUGGUCAUUAGAGAAACAGCAGUCAGUAUCCUGUUCUGUGUUUAGAGGUUUAACCCUCAAAUCUUUUGCUAUUAAAAUGUUUUUGUUCAUGAAACAGGAUAAAACACAUCAAUUGAAGCUGUAUUAUUGUUCAAAGUUAUACAUCUGUUACUUUACUGUUAUACAUAAUUCAAAACUAUAUAACAUAUCAGAGGUGGGAUGUAACAACUUACAUUAAUUAUUUUAUGGGCGCUGAGGGGAUCAGACAGAGACCUGUGGAUAUAUCUGCUGCAUUUUGUAAAAGAUCACUUUGACAUGUUUAUGUUCACAAAUAAUGAGUUAAUAA